CCUCACAAUAUUCUUCCCUGAAGGAGAGAGAGGAGGCCGGAGAGGCUGAAUUAACGAGAAAUUUGUUGAGAAGACAAAACUGGAUUAUCCUUGUGAAACAGAAGAUUCAACGAUGGAGUCUGUCCAUAUUAAACAUGAGAGACCUGUACUAGAAUCAGUCCAUAUUAAAGAGGAGAGUCCUGUACUAGACUCAGUCCAUAUUAAAGAGGAGAGUUCUGUCUUAGAAUCAUUCCAUAUUAAAGAGGAGAGUCCUGUACUAGAAUCAGUCCACAUUAAAGAGGAGAGUCCUGAACUAGAAUCAGUCCAUAUUAAAGAGGACAGUCCUGUACUAGAAUCAGUCCACAUUAAAGAAGAGAGUCCUGAACUAGAAUCAGUCCAUAUUAAAGAUGAGAGUCCUGUACUAGAAUCAGUCCAUAUUAAACAGGAGAGACCUGUACUAGAAUCAGUCCAUAUUAAAGAGGAGAGUCCUGUACUAGAAUCAGUCCAUAUUAAAGAGGAGAGUCCUGUCCUAGAAUCAGUCCAUAUUAAAGAGGAGAUUCUUGUCCUAGAAUCAGUCCAUAUUAAAGAGGAGAGUCCUGUAGUAGAAUCGGUCCAUAUUAAAGAGGAGAGUCCUGUAAUAGAAUCAGUCCAUAUUAAAGAUGAGAGUCCUGUACUAGAAUCAGUCCACAUUAAAGAAGAGAGUCCUGAACUAGAAUCAGUCCAUAUUAAAGAUGAGAGUCCUGUACUAGAAUCAGUCCAUAUUAAAGAGGAGAGUCCUGUCCUAGAAUCAGUCCAUAUUAAAGAGGAGAUUCCUGUCCUAGAAUCAGUCCAUAUUAAAGAGGAGAUUCCUGUCCUAGAAUCAGUCCAUAUUAAAGAGGAGAGUCCUGUACUAGAAUCAGUCUAUGUUAAAGAGGAGACUCAUCAUCCUAACUGUCGUGAAUGCGGGGCAGAUUUCAGACACCAUAGCCCCGUGAAACACCACCUGCGAGUUCUGAAGGUACAGCUGGGUUAUCCUUGUGAAAGGCAGGAUUCAGAGAUGGAGCCUGUCCACAUUAAAGAGGAGCUUGCUGAACUAGACCCUGUCCAUGUUGAAGAGGAGGGUAACCAUUUUAAAACAAGCAGCUUGCAGGGCUCUCUGUCCUGUACAGAAUGUGGAAAGAGUUUCAGACAGUUACAAAACCUGAAACUUCACCACAAAAUCCACACUGGAGAGAAACAACAUGUCUGUCCUGACUGUGGGAAGAGAUUCAGACGUUUACAACACCUAAAACUCCACCAGCGAAUCCACACUGGAGAGAAACCGCAUGUCUGUGCUGACUGUGGGAAGAGUUUCAGAUAUUCACAAAGCCUGAAAUAUCACCAGCGAAUCCACAGAACGGAGAAAUCACAUGUCUGUGCUGCCUGUGGGAAGAGUUUCAGUCAGUCAGGCACCUUGAAAACACACAAGAGAAUCCACACUGGAGAGAAACAACAUGUCUGUGCUGACUGUGGGAAGAGUUUCAAUCAUUUAAAAUACCUGAAAAUUCAUCAGAGAAUCCACACUGGAGACAAACCACAUGUCUGUGCUGACUGUGGGAAGAGUUUCAGUCAGUUAAAAAACCUGAAAAAUCAUCAGAGAAUCCACACUGGAGAGAAACCACAUGUCUGUGCUGACUGUGGGAAGAGAUUCAGUCAGUUAAAAAACCUGAAACUUCACCAGCGAAUCCACACUGGAGAGAAACCGUAUUCCUGUGCUGACUGUGGGAAGAGUUUCAAUCAGUCAGACCACUUGAAAAGACACCAGCGAAUCCACACUGGCGAGAAACCAUAUGUCUGUGCUGACUGUGGGAAGAGUUUCAGACUGUCAGGCGAUUUGAAAAUUCACCAGCGAAUCCACACUGGAGAGAAACCACAUGUCUGUGCUGACUGUGGGAAGAGUUUCAAUCAGUCAGGCCACUUGAAAAGACACCAGCGAAUCCACACAGGAGAGAAACAACAUGUCUGUGCUGACUGUGGGAAGAGUUUCAGACGUUUACAAAACCUGAAAUAUCACCAGCGAAUCCACACUGGAAGAGAAACCGCAUCCGUGUCAUAAAUGUGAAAAAAGUUUAACCCGCGCUCAGAAAUUCCAGUCGUUUUAAACAGCAGCGUAAUAUAGAAUCUGUGAGAUCUCUGGUGAAUGUCUACAGAUGAUACAGAUUCAUCAAUAUUAAACACAGUGCUCUGAAGCCGUUACAUUAUAAAGUACAUUCUUAGUUUGCAAUCCAUUGAAUAUACAGACGCCUCGGAGCGUUGUGUGAUACGAGGCAAAGCCGAGUGCCUCCAACCCCUGAGAAGUCUGUAUAUUCAACGCAUACGCCGUGGGAGAAAUUCAUAGUUGUAAUUGAAUGUACUUUGUAAAAUGACAUUUCAAAUCUUAAACUAUGAGGCUUAAGAUGCUGUGAUGUUAAUUAAGUGUGUCUUCCCCCAGCUUUCUCCCAUAACAUUCAAGAUCUGCUUCAAAGGACUGGAUAUUAGUAACAGAGGGUCAUAAAGAUUUAAAUUGGAUUCAGUUCAGAUUACCUGCCAGUCUGAUCUAAACAAACAGAGCUGAUUCUUAUCUGUUAAUUAAGAAAGUCUGUCUGGAAGCCAGGAUACAACUUUCUUCCUAUAAAGGGUUAAGAAGUGCGACACCUGGUGGAUACGAGGUGCCAUGACUUUCAAGCCAUGAAAUGAAUUGUUAUCCUGAAACACAAGUGAAUGAAACUGACAUGUUUAUCCUUCUGUCAUCAAUAAAACUAUAUUUUGUUUCUAUACAUGUUUUGAAUCCUGUUCUCUCUCCCCCUCUCUCUCUCUCUCUCUCUCUCUCUCUCUCUUUCUCUCUCUCUAUGGAGGAGGGUCGCUCCCUGUGUUAAUGAUGCACAUUGCUUGUGUAAAAGGAAGCGUCAUUCAAACUUGUAAGCCAAUGAAAGGACUGAUUUCGGUCAGGGAUUACCUUCCUGUUUUACCCGGAAGUGAUUGGAUCACCACAGUAAACUCCUCUUUGGGCGCUGUAUUUAAAUCGCAACACUCAUGAAAUGUUUGAAAAAUUAUCUCUUAAACUAUCCCUUUGAAUUCGUUUUGAAUCACAGCCUGUUGACUCUCCAGCUCCUAUCUGUUCAACUCUUCCUAACAUCAUGAACUGCAUUGGAAUGAAGAGAUCAAGCUGUUUUAAUCAGCAAGAAGGGUUUCUAUUACCAUGAUUAGCAAGCUGUGUGUUAAUUGAGUUCAGAUGAACUUCAAGAUUGAGAGAAAUAAUCUGAGUAAACCCGAUCUGUGUGACACUGAAUUCAUUUCAUGAAGUGUCUGAAGAGACCAGAAGACUCUGCCAGUGUGUUUUGUGUGGGACGUGGGCCUCGUUUUAUUAAUAAGUUUCUUUUUAGUUCUAUUGUAACGUUAUGCUUGAGUUUUUAAAGGUUGUAUUUAACUUCCAGUGACACGUAAACUCAGUAUAUGAAAGAGAAGGAGUUGCUUCAGUAAAUAUCAAUGCAUCACAUCUGCAUCAAAGAACAGGAAAGCAUCUAAACAAUAGAGUUCAAUGCAGAACGGAAUGUGGGGAUUUGAAACUAAUAAAUGGUAAACGUUGUUCAGAUUUGAAACAUGGUCUGGUCUCAUCCUUAUAGAGCAACACAGUAGUUAAUUCCAUGUUUACCUGAAUCCACAAACCUUACAGGCUGCAGCGUUAACCUGUAGUGUAGAGAGACAGGGCGGUACACCUGCCAUACACACACAGCAUGCAAAUACACACAAUACAGCACUGUGCAAAAGAGCUGGCCAAAACAUUAGGAACACCUGCCAUACACACACAGCAUGCAAAUACACACAAUACAGCACUGUGCAAAAGAGCUGGCCAAAACAUUAGGAACACCUGCCAUACACACACAGCAUGCAAAUACACACAAUACAGCGCUGUGCAAAAGAGCUGGCCAAAACAUUAGGAACACCUGCCAUACACACACAGCAUGCAAAUACACACAAUACAGCGCUGUGCAAAAGAGCUGGCCAAAACAUUAGGAACACCUGCCAUACACACACAGCAUGCAAAUACACACAAUACAGCGCUGUGCAAAAGAGCUGGCCAAAACAUUAGGAACACCUGCCAUACACACAUAGCAUGCAAAUACACACAAUACAGCGCUGUGCAAAAGAGCUGGCCAAAACAUUAGGAACACCUGCCAUACACACACAGCAUGCAAAUACACACAAUACAGCACUGUGCAAAAGAGCUGGCCAAAACAUUAGGAACACCUGCCAUACACACACAGCAUGCAAAUACACACAAUACAGCACUGUGCAAAAGAGCUGGCCAAAACAUUAGGAACACCUGCCAUACACACACAGCAUGCAAAUACACACAAUACAGCACUGUGCAAAAGAGCUGGCCAAAACAUUAGGAACACCUGCCAUACACACAGUCCUGUUCAGUUUGACGCUACAAUAUAACCCCUUCUUCUUGGUGUCUGUGUUAGUUUACUACAUUCUGAAAAGAGUUUAGAAUACAAUAAAGCCAGUAAUUUAAGCAAUGUUCUGCCUGCCUGGAACUAGAAUGGGGAAUGUAAACUAACUGGAAAGUCAUCAAUCUAGUUUCUGAUGAACUAGUUCUGCACAGAAAGCUGAACUCUGGUAGAAUGAAGCAAACAUUCACUCAGGAAUAAUAUUGUAGUUUCUGUAGAAGCUCUUAUCCAAUUGUAGAUUCAGUGAUUUCCCACGAUUGAUUAGACUGAAACAAAAAUACUGUUAAACUGAAGUCUAGUGGAACAAUGUAUUAAACACGCAGCCAUGCAAUCGUAUUGACUGUGAAACUGCACACAGAUGUGUUACACCGGCGCUGUGUCGUUUUCCAGCAGCCAGUACUUGCGUGGAGGACUGGCGCCAUCUACUGGGAGACGUGAGAAUACCGGGGAGAGGUUUGUCAUUCAUUUCAAUGGGAGAGAGAUGAUUCAGUCUCUGGUAUCUGGAAAGUUAAUAAUCGCAUUUAAAUGAGUGUAUUAGCUCAUGUGUUUGUAUUAUACAUGACAGUGAUACAAGGUAUUAAGGUUUGUAACUUUAUAAAUGAACCUGCUAUUCUAUAAAUGAACCAACAUUUCCUUGUCAUUUUAUUAACUGGCUGAUCAGCUGGUAACUUUUAAUCAUUUUUAUUAUAUAAUUAAUAAAACUAUUAUCUGUGUGCUUGUUUUAAAUACAUGCAUUAAUCUCCUGCUUUCAUACAUCACCGCAUGUAUUAUUAGUAGCAUUAUUAAUACAUUUAACGGUACUCGAGUAUAAAAAUGCUCCUGUUUUCUUGAUUAUACGGUAAAAUGCCAAAGAGCU